AUGGCGUUCAGCAAUUGUGUCAGACAAGAUAUUUGCUGCGGACUUUUGCCCAAUUCUACCAGUUUUCCGCGAGUGUAGCAUCGGUGCUCUGUCCCAACGUGACACCACUUGUGACACCGUGAUUGCGUGACCAGCGCCGGAGUGCUCGUGAGUGGCGGGCUGCGUGAAAAGGGAGGCCAUCCAAAGCACAGACAAUAUCGUCAAAGUGAAAACAGUGUUCCAUUGCCUGUGGAUUUGUGUUGAUUUUUGAUGUCAUCCUCGCGAGUUUGAGGCAAAAUCUCGCUAUUUUGCUUGAAUUUGUGCCAAGAUAGGAGACUCUGACGUGUUCCGCAGUGUCGAAAUUGCCGUUUGGCUGAGGAAAAGUGCGAGCUGCAAUCCGCGGGCGAGAGUGAGAGGCGAGAUCUCGCGCCAUCGCACCUUUUUCACACCUUGAUACCUUUUUUGCAGAUCCGCAAAAAUCACGCAGAGCGAGACUUGAUAUACAACAAUUUGGAGAUAAUUGAGGAAAAAUGGCACCGAAAGAAGAAGUGAUUUUUCGCGACUGCGUGGCCCUCGGUGUCGCUCGAUCGCCAUCAGUGAAUGCUGCCAGCCUUGAUGGCGAAAAUGCUGCCCCUGCGAACGGCGCCGCCGGGAUUUUCCGGCCAAUUGUAUGAUGUGCCGGAGAGUGAUGCUGUAGAGCGGCGAAAUUGUGCACCGUGCGAUGGUGGUGAAUACGAAGCAGAGGACAAUUUGAGUAUAUUUUUCGGUGGUGACAAACAGUGGCAGGAGUGUGUUGAGGAGUCGAAGAAAGUGCAGAGUGAGGAACAUUUCUUUUCUGCCGCCGAAGACGGCGGUGAUAGCUUUGAUAUUGUCGAGAGCUGCAUGAAGAGCUCAUGCGAGGACGCGAACAGCACGCUUUUUGCACCCAGCUUCACCCCAAAGUGGCCUCACGCGCUCAGCAAUAGUGGCGAUACGGAUGAUGGUCAGGAGAUUGCUUUUCCACGGUCUAUUUUUGGCAAGAAGGCUAUCAAUUGCUUUAGUGACGUCGCGCUCGCCAAGAAGCAGCUCUACUUGGUGAACAGUGUCGGCAGGGAGGCGCAGAAGCCCCUCUUGAGCUGUCGCGAUACAGAAGAGGUGUCAGAUCAGUCGUCGACAGUGUCACUAGAGGACUACCAGGACGACGAGGAGAUUGUUCAGUUCAGGCGAAAGAUUGAGACGAGCCGGAAAAUCCCGUCCGAGAACCGACGAAGCCUGCAAUUGCACCUGUUUGCCGAUGGGAACGCCAGCGAGCCGAAGCAGAGCAGACACUCGUGGUACGCACCGGCCAAAAGCUAUGACACUCUUUUCGAGGACAGUGAACAGGAAGUGAAAGAGAGUUUUCUGCAUCACAAUCUGGCGGCACAUCGUCAACAUACUAAUCGAGAGACGCGUGACUCGACUGCGUUGCUUGAGCGUACUUUGCAUCACAGCGCGGGUCGCAAAUCAAGGAUAAGUGCCUCCUCGACGACAAUUCAGGAGCUUCAGAGCGGCCCCCAUGUCGCGAACACAGCGACUGCCACUGGGGGCCCACCGGCGCCGCGGAUGCGACGCUUUGAGCAGUUGCUGAAGAGUCUCGUGGGCAAGAAGGCAGGCGGCUCGGCGUGCGAGGCGAGUUUGCAGAUCGACAAGAGCCCGUCCGAGUAUGAUCUCACGCGCGAUAAGAAGCGCAUGGGCGGCUCCACGUCCAGCCUCAACAGUGUGCAGCAGAAGCUGUGGACUGUGGUGCCGCUGCUCAAGCGGGACGCCGGCAGCUGCUCGAGUCUGGAGAAGGGUGCGGCGCCGGAACGCCAGGAGGCGGAGGAGGACGUGCCGCCGGGAGUCAACAUGCGUAAGUGCGAGACCUUCCUCACGCUCGCCCAGCCGCAAGUGGAGCCUCUGAAGCCGCUCAACCGACUGCGGAAUUCGGCUUCCAUAGCCACAUGUUCGCGCUGCUCUAGUCUCCUGUCGCUGGCCGCGGCUGGAUCGCGUUACUCACUCAAUGUCUCGGGCGGGGGCUUCGUGCCGAUCGACGGGGGCGCGGCGGGAGGUGGUAGUGGCAAUGUGAGCGACUCCUCGUGCUACUCAUCUUCCGUCCAGGCGCCGCAGCGAGACGCCGGAGUUUCGAUCAUGCCAUGCAAACUCUGCUUAGGAGAGGUCAACAGGCAUCAGCUGACGAAGAUAAGACAGUGCGGGUGUUCUUUUUGCACUGAGUGCAUGAAAGCAUACAUUGAGUUCGAGAUUCUCGAGGGCGCCUAUGAAAUCUCGUGUCCGGACGCAAUGUGUCCAAUGCAGGGUAUUAUAUCGAUCCAAGAGGUGUCUAGUUUGGUGACACAGAGUCUCAUGGAGAAGCACCAUCGCUACAGAUUGAACAGAGAGGUGGAGAAGGACAGAAAUAGAACGUGGUGUCCGAAAGCUGGCUGUGAAACGGUGUGCUUGGUUGAUGCUGGUGCAUCGAGCACAUCUCCGGUACCAACGAGUCGUAGCGUAACGUUUCAGCUUCCGCACUCUGCCGCCGGCUGCUCCGCCCUGCCGCCGGCAUGCCUUGUGCACUGUCCAACGUGCCGCGAAGACUUCUGUUCAGGAUGCAAAAAGGCGUGGCACCCGUCGAUGACCUGCGAGGAGAACACACGGCGGCUGGCGGCUGACGGUCGGGACACUGACAAUAUCGGCGUGCUGUUCGACGGCGACCUCAUCAAGUGCUGCCCGAUGUGCGCUGUGCCAAUUGAGAAGGACGAGGGCUGCGCGCAGAUGAUGUGCAAGCGCUGCAAACACGUCUUCUGCUGGUACUGUCUGGCCAGUCUCGAUGAUGACUUCCUGCUGCGCCACUACGACAAGGGGCCGUGCAAGAACAAGCUGGGCCACUCGAGAGCGUCCGUGGUGUGGCAUCGGGCGCAAGUGAUCGGCAUCUUCGCGGGAUUCGGGAUUCUGCUGCUGGUGGCGUCGCCACUGCUCCUCCUCGCGGCGCCCUGCAUUGUGUGCUGCAAGUGUCGCAUCUGCAGCGGAGCGGCUAAGCUGGAGGAGCAGGAGAAUGCCUUCGACGAUGCUGUGCGACUUCAGCGAUAAGCGCGCGCGACCCACAGAUCUGCAAUCCGUGAUGACGAGCAUUUUAUCUUUUUGAGCUUAAUCAGUGUGCAAAAAGGAUUCACCUAGUCUCAAAAAGGAUAAUCACUAUAUGAAUAUGAUAAUCAUACUUAAUUUAUUGCAUAAGAGAUGUAGAUUUUGAGCAUCCAGAGAGACAGAGAGAGAAAGAAAAGGAGAAGUAGUUUCUCGUUACGUUAAGAAUAUGUUGUUUUACACAGAAUCCGAGCGGAUUUCUCAGCUAUUCUGUGCGAGUUUUUUGAUUCUGAUUCCAAUUGUGAUUUUAUCCUGAGAUAAAAUGCAAAAUUUAUACAAAUUUCCCGGGAAAAGGCAGUUUUUCCGGAUAACCUUGUUUUUUUUGGUACAAUUUAAGUGCGCAAUUAUUGUCUUUUAGGUUUGGCAUUAGCGAAAGUGAGACGAAUAUUGCUACAAAGUAUAAGAAUAUUUCCCUUGUCCAAUUUAUGAUAUCACGCGAUAGAGAAGAAGAAUGUUAGGAUAUUGAUUCCCUUUUAGGUAUGGUUCGCACUUACUAUAACUGUAUUUCAUUGAGAAGUAGUUGAUGUAAAGUCGUAGUGAAGCAGUAGAAGGACGUAGAGGAUAUUUGAUAUAUGCAAGUUAAUGUAAAAGUAGACUCGUAAGGUCAAUCAAGUAUAACUAUUUAUAUUGAUGAAAAUGAGGAAGGAAUGACGUUGAGGAAGGAAACAAGCAUAAUAAUAGAUUUUAGAUUAAAAGGAAAAACAACUUUAGUACUCUAUAUAAUCGUGAAUAAACCUUAUUUAAGGACUUAGCUAAUGAAGAGAUGAAGAAAAAGGAGGAGAAAAAGCAAAGCAUAUACAAUAUUAAUUUUAGUUUUAUGAUAUUUAAAAUGCAAAUUGAGAAAGAUUACAAAUUUGAAUUUGAAAUUCGCAGUAAUUCCAUUUGAAUGAAUUAUAGUUUUACCUUUUUAGAGACCAGCAAAAAAAGAAUGCGAAAGGAAAAGAACGUGAAAGGAAAUUUCCAAAAGCAAGAAAAGAGAAAAUGUGUUAACUGAAUUGUGAUAUUUACAGUGAUUCAAAAUCAAUCUUUAUGAUGGAUUAAAAUUUAGUGAGUGAAGUAAUUAAAUUCUACUUAGGUGAAAAGUACUGCUUGAAA